GUUUACGACAACUAAUCGGAUCUCUGAUCGGACUGAGCAGUGGCACUCAAUGGAAACUUUCAAAAAAUUUCCCUAGACUGAUCCGAAAUCCGUAUUGUCUCAGGAUUGAUCGGAUUAGAUCAGGCAGAUCGAUAGAUAUAGAAUCGUGCGAGUAUAAUAGAAUUGAAAAAAGUUGUAAAAAUCAUUACACAACAAGGCAGGAUAAAAAGAUAAUUACGAUGAAUGAAGAUAAUAAUAUUGAGCAAAAUCAAUUUGAAAACUCUAAAUAUCAGUGGACAAUGCAAACUACAAAAUUUUUAAUAGAAAAUGUUAGAAACCAUGUGGUAUCAUUAAAUAAUAAAAAUUGUAUGCAUAAAACAAUAUGGAGAAGAAUAGCAAAUAAUUUUAAGGAAAAAGAUUACAAUGUAACCGAGGAACAAUGUUACACUAAAUGGAAAAAUUUGAAACGAAGGUAUAAAAAUGUACGAGAUUCUAAUAAUCAAACUGGGAAAAACAGAGAAUCUUGGGAAUAUUUUGAUAUGAUCGAUGAAUUCAUUAAUAAGCAACCCGAAAUAGCACCUGUAUCAAUUGCUUCUAGUACGCAUGGAUUUAGAAUUAGACAAUCAAGUCCAGAGCUAAUUGCAGAAUCCAACAAUGAAAAUGAUUCUGCAGCCAUCAAUACUUCUUAUAAUUUUUCGGAAUCGUCCCUUUAG